UUAAUCGGGCAGCGUUCUAAGAACGGCCACGAAGGGCAAGUGUGAGCGAUGGUGGAGCUGCCCAAGCCCAAGUCGGUGGUGGAGCCUUCGCCCCCGUCUGUGCCGGUUCGCGGCGGCGAGGAGGCUGCGGGGUGGAAGGGGGCGCGCUACCCGAACCCGCCGGACCCAGUGAACCCCGACGUCGCGACGCUGAGGGACCAGUGGCGCUUCGCCAUCCGGCAGUACAGUCGGUGGUACUCCCACGCCUGGGGCACCGCCAUCCUCGCCGGCGUCUCCUUCUUCGCCAUCGGGUGGCUGAUCAAGGGCUCCAACCCUCUCCCUUCGCGGGCGCCCGAACACGCUGACGACCGGCGGUCGCGAGAGGCGACCAGCACCGAGAGGCAUGUAUAUAUUCAGCAUCAUUUUAUGGAUGGGUAAAACAUAUGCUGUUCGAGUGCAGAUUCAAUCUGUGACUUUUGCUAUAAGAAUCACAAGCUGCAGGUGAAGCAACUCAGAAAACAUGGAGCCAGAGGAGGAGAUCCAAGAAAUAGGACUGUGCCAUAUGAUGUAAUAUAGUUGAGCAUGCUGCAAUCUGAGAGAAUUGCUUGGACUAACAAGUUUGUUUCCAGUUUGGUUUCUAUGGUGUUUUUUCUUUUUGAGUUCUCCAGUCUGUGGAUGAUGGUCCGUCAUCUGCCUUCUUGUACCUUUUAAGAUGAUUAUGAAUAAGAGAGAAAUGUCAUCUGCCUUCUUGUA